AAUGAGAAAGGUUUUUAUAUUUGAAUUUAUAUUGGCGGCUCAUGUUAUAUUUUGUAUUCUGAUAGAAAUGCAAUCAGUGAUAUUUCCAAUUUAAUAAAAAUUAAUAGAUUUAGAUAAUGUUGGACCUGUGAAAAAGUAUAAUAAUAAUCAAAUUAAAUUAAUAGAAAUAGUCAUGCAAAUCAUAAUUCUUAUUUUGAUUUAUUUGGAUUCUUUGGAUUAUGUAUAUGGUUAGUAUUAAAAUAUUUUUUUGAAGGAUUUCGAUUAAAUUCAAUUUUAAUAAUGGGAGCAUAUACAUUCUUUUUUUUUGAUAGAGUAUUUAUUGAAUUGUUAAAUAUGAAUAGGCAUUAUAAUUUGGAGAUAAAAUACUAUGUUAAGUAGCUGGAAUAUUAACAAUUUUAUAUGUUUGGACAUUAAUUAGUUAUCCAGUUUAUUAAUUUCCUAAACCAACAGGAAAAUAUAGAACUUGUUAUAAAUAAAUAAAAUUGAAUGAUAGUUAUUCAACUGAUGCAUCUGUUUAUUAUCCAUGUGCAGAUAGAAAAUAAGAAGAUGUUUCAUAUAAAUNUUUAAACUAAAAGUUAUAAUUCAAUGAUGGAAUUGUUAGAAAGUUUACUACAAACAUUUGCAAUUCACCAAGACUUGGAAAAAAAUAAAAAACUGAAAAUUAUAUUCCCCCCUUAGGAUAUUAUCAACCUUAAGAAAUUUUAAAAAGAUAACCGAUGCUUGUAUUCAUGGAUCAAUAAAUUUCAAAUAGCAAUAGAUUAUCCUAACAUAAAUUUAGUAGAACAGAGGCAUCUACUGCUUAACCUGGACUUAGAUUAAAAUUAUCACCAAAUAAACACUCUCCAGUUCCUUAAGAAAUAUUAGAGAAAGCUUUUAAGACAGAGAGAAUCAUUACUUAAUAAAAAUACAAAUAUGUUCCUUAAAUGAUUGAUGAAAAAAAUCUCGACAAUAUAACAGCUAGAAUUAAUUGCAUAAGAUAAAAAAUAUUGCAUUCAAAAAUGAACAGUAUAUCGAAUCAAUGA